AUGGCUCUACCAACCUCAUCCCAGAAACUCGAGCACAGCCUUAGCAAGACCGCAGCCGUCCGCCGGGCCUUUGACACCAUCUUCAUCAGUCGCCAAACGCUACACACAGACUACGUCCAGCAGCUCACCAUCUCCUUCCAGCGAACGCUGCGUGUGGGUGAGAGCGCGAAGGAUAAAACGUUGCCAGGUCUCGGCACACUGCAGGUCUACUCAACCAAAGCGCACGAAGGUCGGUUCCCGAAAGACGCGGAUGGCGAAGAGAGCUACUUCAUCGCGAUGUAUCAGCGUGAAGCCAUGUGGAUUAACUUCUCGUCAAAAGAGCCCUUCCUGGUUCGCAUACUCACUGAUGGUCGGAACGUCAUUUCCGGUGCUCCAGCCGACGAACGAGGGAAGCGCUACAACCUUCGCAGCAAGGAAGAGAAGACUCACGACCACAUCGUGACCGGCGAGCAGUCGUGGGUAGGCGGAAUCACUAAAGCAGGAGGCAAGGUCCGGCAGUUCGUGGCAAGGCCCCUCAACGACAGCUACGUUGUAAAUGCUCCCGUCACCGGAGAAGAGGUUGCUGCUGGGCAUGUGUUGCGCUUUGAGAUCACUCCAAGUAAUGUCUUUCCUCCCUCCAAGCACUUGGAAGCAGGCGCCACGGCACUGCCGGACGGUGUUAGACCAUGGACCAUUUAUGUUCCAUUCAUGGCUGGUGGAUCCGAACCCUUCUUGGUACUUCCCAGCCACACGAUCCUCGACCUCAAGCAUAUGGUGCACCGGAGACGUGGACUUCCUCCGAUCUCACAACGGUACAUGUUUCAGGGCAAGAUGCUUGAUGAUGGCCUCAGCCUCACUGAGACAAAACUGUACCAUGAAGCAACCGUUCAGUUCAUCGUUCGCUCGGCUGGUGGCCAUCUUGCAUUUGAGUCAGAUAUGAGCAUCCCAUCAGGCGUCUGCGCCUCGGAGAGUGGUGAACACGAUGCGAGCAUCUGGGAGCCAGAUUACGGCACGGCGUUCAAUGUUCACAUCCUCGAUUCAGUGAGCUUCCGUGCCAUCACGGGCUCACUGCCCCCAACUACUUCUAUCACAAGGAAGGUGUAUAAUGCUCAUGAAUUUCCAUUUCCGGAGAGUCAAGAGGGUCAAGAAGAGGUGCGGGACAUGGGGAGGUUUCGCAAGGGCUGCCAUGUUUGUGGGCCGUGGAACGUCGGUAGCAGUGGGGAUGAAAAUAAGUCGGAGGAGACUCAGGAUACUGAAGAGGAGACAAAGGAGACUGAAAAGCUGGAGGAGACAGAGGAGAGCUAG